AUGUCUGACCAUAAAAACGAGGACGAAAACCACAGAAGCGAGACUUGUGGCGAAAUAAUCGAGCGAAAAUUAAGCGAGCACGUGGUUGAUGUUGUUGGUAAAGACGAAGCCGAAGUCAACAGGAAACAGCCAACUUGCGAGGAAUGUCAGAACCGCAAAGACGAAAUUACAGAAAUAAAAGCAAAUAUCAAUGAAAUUAAAACUAACCAAAACGAAGAUCGAGAAAAAUCAAUUAUAAAAGCGAUAGAAUCGGACGAAAGGAUAAAAUCCUUGCACGAGGAAAACUCCAAAAUGACGGAAGAGAUCAAAUGUCUUAAAGCUACAAUAUCCGAACUUGUCACUGACAAUGAGAACAUAAAAAAUAUUCUCGACGUCAAGCAGAAUGAAUGGCUGAAAAUAGCGGAAAACCCGAAUCCAUCAAAAUGUAGUAAAACUGCAAAAACGCCGCCUACAACCUCAGUACAAAACCAGUUUGAACUGCUCAAUGAUGAAAAUUGUGAGAUCGGAAUAUCAUCGCCUGAAUUAGACUCAAACGAGCAAACGAACGCUUACGUAAAUAGCCAGAUUCAUGAAUAUAGAUCAAAGGCACAAUCGAAGUUUGAAAACCGAAAGAACCAAACUCAUGCGCGGCGGAAGGAAAAGAAGAACCAUGUCCAUGCAAAGAGGACCGGAUCCGAAAAAGGAAAAGAAAUUAAAAAAGUCCUGGUAAUCGGCGACUCGAUGGUGAAACACAUCGAUCGGGUGAAAAUUGGGCGAGCUGCAGGUUGCCAAUCAGUCGUCCACUCUUACAGCGGCGCAAGAGUGGAACAAAUCAGUUCUAAAAUUGAAGAAUAUUGGUCAGAAGGGGAGCAGUAUGACACAGUUCUCCUUCACGUGGGCACCAAUAACCUCAAUAAUGGUUAAUGGAUAGGUCAAAUGCAUCUGAUUGGUAGCGAUAGCGGUAUAGUCGAAGUCAAAUCUGGACCUCCAUGCAUAAUAUAUAUGCGAAAAGCCGCAACGAAUCUGGCUUAAAAAUAAAAACCUUUUGGAAGGGAAUUUUUCCACAAUAUUCUUAAUAUACAAGAGUUGCCAAGGUUUAUCUUAUACACUCAUGUAAUGCCAAAUACAAAAGGAUAAAAAUGACAAACGUCACCAAUUGGAGGAAUUGGCGUAGUGGGCGUACUUUUUGAGAAUAAAUGAAGUCAACGUCCAGCGGACAAACGAGGAUGAGAGUGCCAAGUCACGAAUUGUUACAGGGGACAUUUCAGGCUCUAGCUGAACAAAGUAAAGGUUUGAUGGUUGUCCCAACUAGUUUUUAACUCAGUUAAAUAGAAUACAUGAUAAUGUUGGGAAAGCAUUAAAUAGGAACAAGUAACAGCUAACCAAAGUUCUCGUGACUGCCAAAUCUCCGGCACUCUCAUCCUCCUUUGAUCCGGGCAUCACUUCUCGUAUAAUUUUGGCCAAAACUGUUAAUGCAUGAAAAUUAAUGGGGCAUAUUAAUUUGAGCAAUAAUAAACAUGCGCAGAACUGAUAAUAUUAUAAAGAACAAUUUUAGUUUUUUUACAUCGGAUUGAUGCAUCCAUAGCCUAACACAUUCUUUUACCUCUAUAUUUUAAAUUCCCACCGGGCACUGAUGGACACCAUGGGUAACUUACGAGUAUUUGGAUCAGUAAAUCACUCACUAUUAAUUAAGAUUAAAAAAUUCAUUAAUAAUUCACGAGGAAAAUACAAAAGAAACGAAUGUUUAAUCAAUGUUUGUAAAUCGGAUAAAGAUUUGUCCUGAUUUACAUAAACUUCAGCUUUAAUUUUCUCGGCUUAGACAAUCUUUAUUUUUAAAAUUAAUGAACUCCAAUGAACUCAUAAGAUGGGUCGUUUUUUAAGUACGAUAAAACAUUCGCAUCCGAUCUGUAUCUGAUAUACAAACUCUCGCCUUCGGCACGAGUUUGUAUAUCAGAUACAGAUCGGCUGCACAUGUUUUAUCUAGUACAUAAGGUAUGCAUGUAAUGAUUAAUCAAAGAUGGGUGCAUGGUUAUAGUGCAUGUAUAUGGUUAAAAACACAAAGACUGUGUACAGUUAUCUUGAUCACAAUUAAGACAUGAACUAGAUUAUAUAUGUAUACGUGUAUCAUGAUAUAGCCUAGUGCAGACUUUCCUUUUUUCAUAGCAUUACCUGACAAUGUUUGGUGCCACAAUAUCCGUUCCCAUCAUCAUAGCUCCUGCAUUGUGUAUCACUGAUGACGUAGUCGUUGGAAAACUUAUAUCUACAAUAUUCUUCAUGAGUGGAAUAGCGACUCUCUUACAAACAACUUUUGGUAACAG